AACAAUUUUUUCAUCUUCUUCUGGUUACUUCUCUCAAUCUCGAACAUGGCGAUUCCUGCGGCUCUUGUAUUUAUCCCUGUUGGUGUCCUCUUCUUGGUCUCAGGCCUUAUCGUCAAUCUCAUUCAGCUUGUGUUCUUCAUCAUUGUUCGUCCAUUCUCAAGAAGUUUAUAUAGAAGAAUCAACAAAACCGUUGCGGAGUUACUUUGGUUGCAGCUCAUAUGGCUGAUUGAUUGGUGGGCUUGUAUAAAGAUCAAUUUAUACGCUGAUGCAGAGACUCUAGAAUUAAUUGGGAAAGAACAUGCACUUGUUUUAUGCAAUCAUCGAAGUGACAUUGAUUGGCUUAUUGGAUGGGUCAUGGCUCAGCGUGCAGGUUGUCUAGGAAGCUCUUUAGCCAUCAUGAAAAAAGAAGUCAAAUAUCUUCCAAUCAUAGGUUGGUCGAUGUGGUUCUCUGACUACAUUUUCUUGGACAAAAGCUGGUCUAGGGAUGAGAAUACCCUCAAGGAAGGUUUUAAACGACUUGAGGACUUUCCUAUGACAUUCUGGUUGGCUCUUUUCGUUGAAGAACUCAAAAAGCUUGAAGCUGCUCAAGAUUACGCCUCUAGCAGAAGCUUACCGUCUCCUCGAAAUGUCUUGAUUCCUCGUACAAAGGGAUUUGUUUCUGCGGUGUCUCACAUACGAUCGUUUGUCCCUGCGAUUUAUGAUUGUACCUUCACCGUUCAAAACAAUCAGCCUACACCAACUCUGCUUAGGAUGUUUAGUGGACAAUCAUCUGAGGUGAAUUUGCAGAUGAGACGUCACAAAAUGACUGAGUUACCAGAAACUGAUGACGGUAUUGCACAAUGGUGCCAAGAUUUGUUCAUCACAAAGGAUGCACAACUUGAGAAAUACUUCACAAAAGAUGUGUUCAGUGACUUGGAAGUUCAGCAAAUCAAGCGGCCAAUCAAACCAUUGAUCGUGGUCAUAAUCUGGUUAUGUCUGCUUAUAUGCGGUGGUUUCAAGCUAAUUCAAUGGCUCUCUGUAGUAGCCUCGUGGAAGAUCAUCUGUUUGUUUGUGUUCUUCUUGGUGAUUGCAACUAUAACAAUGCAAAUGCUGAUUCAGUCCUCUGAGUCGCAACGUUCAACUCCAGCCAAGAAACAUCUACAAGAACAGCUUAUCUCUGCAUAAAGGACAAGAGAAAACUCAAAAAGAUUUCACAUUGUCUUGUUCCUUUACUCAAAACAAAACCUGUAAUUAUAUUGUUUAUGUCUUGUUUCAUCAUUUUUAGUCUUGUCUAUUCAAACAAUAAUUGUAACAUGCAUUGUCGAAAUUUAUCAGUUACAUCCAAGUACAAUAUCAUUAUCAUGUCCGAAGACAGUAGUACACUCAACGAGCUCCAGAUGUUUUGUAAGACAAUGUAAGCAACCAUAGAUCUUCUCAUAUCCAGGUCUCGAUUUAUCCCUAACAAUGAACUCAGAGACAACUCCGUUGACCUCAAUGGAACUACAACCAGGAAUCUUCUCCACGCCUCUCUCAUUCAUCAUCUUCCUCGCUCUCCUUGCAUCUUCCCACAUAUUAGCCUCUUUAUACAUCCCAUCCAUCAACACAUAGGUCCCGCUAUCGCCGGAAUCAAGUUCUAAAAGCUUCUUAGUCGCUUUCUCCCCCAACUCAACGUUACCGUGCAUCCUGCAACCGAAUAACAAAGCUCCCCAAACCGCAGCGUCUGCCUCCAUUGGCAUACUUUCCAUGAGCCUCUCUGCUUCUUCUAGUAGCCCGGCUCUUCCUAGAAGGUCUACCACAAUAGAGUAAUGUUUCAACUGGGGAUUUAGGUUGAAUCUAGACUUCAUCUGAGAGAAGUAAUCAAGUCCCGUUUGGAUCAUCCCUGCGUGGCAACAAGCUGAUAGUACUCCUAUGAAAGUUAUCUCAUCUGGAGUUAACCCUGCAUCAAUCAUUUCGUUGAAGUAUGAUAUAGCCGCGGACGCAUCUCCGUUAUGUGCCAAGCCUCCGAUUAUCGCUGUGUAUGUAAGCGAGUUUCUUGUUUGAAUCCCAUGGAAAACACUGCGAGCUUCUGAGAUGUUCCCACAUUUAGCGUACAUGUCGACCAAUGAAGUCCCUACCGCAACGUUGAGGCUAAGACUAUGUUUCUCGAUGUAACGAUGGAUCCAGAUGCCUACAUCAAGAGCACCGAGCUGAGAACACGCAGAGAGGCAAUGGAUCAUUGUGAUCUCGUCGGGCUUCGUGCUGCUCGUUUGCAUCUCUUGGAACAAUGCCAAAGCGUCUUGACCACGGUUGGCUUGGACUGAUCCACCGAUCAUAGCGUUCCACAGCACAACAUCUUUCUCUUCCAUAUCAUCGAAGAGCUUCCUUGAAACAUCGAGCAAGCCGCAUCGAGCAUACCCUGAAAUCAUCGUCGUCCACGACACGAUUGUUCUCUUCUCCAAGUUAUCAAAUAUCCUUCGAGCCUCGUGAACAUCUCCGCAUUUUGAGAACAUAUCCAUCAGAGCGUUAGCAAGAGGAACAGUAACUCUCAGUCCAUUUGCUUUUAUGUAUUCAUAAAACUCUUUCCCAAGAUUCAAACUUCCCAACACUGCACAUGAAGAAACCAAUCCAAUCAUAGUCACGUCAUCAGGCUUAACACCUUCAGAUUCCAUCUGCUUAUAAACCUGUAUCGCCUUCUCCGCUUGACCAAUCUUCUUAUAGCCGUUGAUCAAAGAGUUCCAAGAAACCAAGUCUCUCACGGGACUUUCAUCGAACACUUUCCUCGCAUUCUCCAUCUCACCGCAAGAAGCAAACAUAUGAAUCGAAGCAUUAUGCACAUGAGUAACCAGUUCCAGUCUCAGCUUAAGAACAUGCCCAAGAAUCAUCUGACCUAAUCUAUUCAACGCAAGAUCGGCACAAACCUUGAACAGAACAGGGUAAGUGAAAUGAUCUGGCCUUGACUCACAAUGUCUAAGCAUCUGCUUGUAGAUCAAAACCGCUUCUUUAGGAUUCUCGCUCACGGAGAAUCCUCUAAUCGUUACGUUCCAAGAGAAUGCGUUAGGGUUCUCAACGCCUCUCAGAAUCUUCACACAGUAAUCUAGAUACCGAGAUUCCGAUAAGGCGCAGAAGGCGAUUAGCCGGCUUGAGGCGAACGCAUCGAGAAUCAUGCCGGUGAUUAUCAUCUGAGAUUGAAUCUGCUUCAAAUGGAACAACGAGUUGCAUUUUUCGAGCAAGGAAAGAAGAGGAUUGUGGAGAACGAAGCUGUGCGUUGAGUUCCAGCUGAUGGGUUUGUCUCUGUGAUGAGGAAGGGAACGAUUUCGACGCUGAGAGUGAGAAUACAACGAGCGGUUGAGUUUGGGUAUCAGCGGAAGAAGAAGCUUUGCUUUACGCACAUUCGAUAUGUUCAUCGGACGUUGAUUGUCGUCGGCGAAGUCGCCGGGAGAAAAAGACGUCUUCUUCUCUCAGAGAUAACUCUUAUUAAUUGGGCUACAGGCC